CCCACACCUGGCGAGCCACCUGGCUGCCACUGCUGGCUCUCCUGGCUGGACAGGUGGGAGCAGCCCUGAAGCCUGUUAGAGUGAGUCAGGGAGGGCGCUGGCAGAGGCCGCUCCCCCAACUGUCCCAGAGCCCCCCAAUUGCAUCUGGGUCCUCUGGCUGUAGGCCUCCUUGCCAUCCUCAGAGGCCCAGCACCUUGAAGCUUCUGGAAGGCCAGUGACGAUGCCAGAUGGGUCAGGCUUGCCCACCUUACUGCUGCAGCCUCCUCCCCAGUGGGGGCUCCCCAAACCCGCAUGAGCCCUUCUCUCAAAAAGGGGCUCCCCACUGACACCUAAGAGACAUCCAGGCCACACAGUGGACACCCCUGCCAGCGCACCCCAGUGCGCACCUUACGUGGAGCCUGCCCUCCCUCUGUGGCCCCCGUCUAGAAGGUUCUGGGUUGCAGAUGAUGCAGAUGUUCUCUUCUCGUGGACCCUCCGGUCAGCCCUUGCUCCCUGGUCUCUCCCAGGAAGGGAAACAGGCCAUGUAGGUGUCCAGAGUAACAGCCGAGCCCACCUCGCCCUGCCUGCACCCCCAGGAUGUCACCUCCUCCACACUGGCGGGUGGGAUGCGAUCUCUCUCAGACCCAGACCCCCAAACCUGUGCCUCCUUGUCACCAGAAGCUGUUCAAUGUCUGCGAAAAUGCCUGGCUGCUGGGCCCUCAGCAAUAGCAGAAUGCAAGAAGGCCCAGGAGUCCCCACCAGUCUGCUUCUGCAUGUUGGGAAGGGCGCAAGGGCGGGCCUGAGGGCAGACUCGGAAUUACAGCCAGGUCCGCCCUGUCCCCUUUGUCCACACUUGCAAUAAUCCAAGCAGCAGAGUGACGUGCAGCUCCUGCAACACCUCACCGCAGCACAUGUCCAGCUGUGUCCUCCCCGGGGCGGCCUGCCCAGUGCUGGCCAAAGGAACUGGAAUUCGCACAGCCCGCCCUCCACCAGCUCCAGGGACUCUCCACUUGCCUGGGGCCAUGGCUAUGCAGUGGCAGAGGACUGGGAACAAUUGUGGGUUCAAUACAAUGAAAGCUUGGGAUUCCAAAACUGGAGGCCUGUUAAAGACAGCUAUGGCGAGUUGCAGGCUGGCUUCCCCAUGGGGCUCCUGCCCCUGGCUGAAUACUGAAAUUAUUCAUCACUGGGGCCUGUCAGCCAUGCAGGGGGGUCACAGAGGAAGCACAGAGACACCUCACAGAGGCCUCCCCACUCAUACCAGCUUGAGCCUAUGAGCUUUUUGGUCAUGGCGGCCUGCACCUGGAGCCUGGGCCCACGGCAGCCUCUGGGAGGGCCUCAAGGCACCGGGCUGGGGAGCUAUGUGGCCAGGGUGGCUGAGGAGCCCCAUGCACAUGCCUGUGCGUGAGGCUCUCAGCCUGGCCAGCCCCACGGCCCCAUCAAGCAGCUGAAGGCGUAAAACCAGGCAGCAUGGCAAACCCUGUCACAAGGAGCCAUGAACAGCUGUUGUUGGAAGCGGCCAGCAGGUGGGGGCAACCGCCCCAGGACCCACGUCCUCUCAUCACACCCGGCAGGGGCCCGUGUGGCCCGGCUGCUGACGUCACAGGCCGCUGUCACGUGGCCACCCCGCACCCGUAGCUGCAGCCCCGCAGCUCCUCCAGCCUGCAGUCCAGCCCCCGCCACCUGCCUGUGGCGGGCCUUGCCCUGGGGCAUGCUUCUGGCCUCCCUUAUGGGAGACUCACCUGCUGAGACCCUGAGGAGCCCUCUCCACCCCGAGGGUCCGCCCAGGUCUCCAGACACCACUCACCGGCAGCCUCACCCUGUGCGUGAGGGGUGAGGUAGCAGCCAUGCUGCUUACCUGGCUGGAUCUGCACCUACACCUUGACUGGAAACACCCAGCAGGAAGGCGUGGCCGAGCACCCAUGUGUUGUAGACUGGGUGCUCAGAUCAGGCUGACGUCUCCUUCCUCCUCUCGAGGGUCAGUCACGUGGCUCCCGGGCUGCACCCCUGCCUCGGGCCUCUCUUUUGAUCAGAAGUUUGAGGGGAGCAAUUGGGCUUGUUUACUGUUGUGCUUCUCAAAGGUGGGCAGUCCCUGGCACAGGGUGUGCACACAACGAAGACCUGUGGGUGAUGGACAGUGGGUGAGCAGAGCCUCCCUGCUGGCAGCCAGCUCCGGUCUCGGCGACGCGGCAUUGCUCACACGUGGAGCUGGAGGCAGAAGCAGGCCAGCCUGCCGGCAGGGGCUGGCGGAGCUGACAGCCGUGGGCACGGGCGCCAGGAGCGCCGGCCAUGCUGCGUGGGGCGGCUGUGCUGAGGGCAGCAGAGCCUCACCUGCUGGCUUUCCCCGGCCACCUGCCUCUUCCCACUGGUGGUUUGAUCCAGCCAGCUCCGGCUCAUCGCCUCCACCCACCCCGGCAGAGGCACCGUGCCGGCGUCUGAGCAACCGAGUCAGUCCUGGGCCGCAGCUCGGCCGGAGGCCGCCUCCGCAGGCCAGGGACACAGGCCGAGCCGCCCUGCCGCCCUCUGCCCCCGCUCCGUGCUCCGUCCGGCCAGCGCGUCCCUGGACUCCAGGGCCCCAGGGGCCCUCCUCCGCCCCCGUCCCCGCCCCGUGGACGCUGAGGCCGGACACCGGACGGGGGAGGCGGCCGGAGAAGAGGCGACUGAGGCCGAGUGUCGCACGGCAUUUAAACGCCUGCAGGCGGCUCAGUAAGGUCUGGGGAGCCGCAGCGUCUAUAUUUACUCUAUCUGGAGCAGGCGGCUGGCGCUGUGCAUACUGAUGGCCUGAGGCCGCAGCGCUUAUCUCGGGGACCCAGGCGGCCCCUUAUCAGCCCUGCAGCUGCGCCGCCGCACUCCGCCACACCCCCACCCGCGGCCGCUCUGUAAUCAGAAGAGAAGAAGUUGCUGCCUUGAUAUUUCCAUUUUUAUCUCUUUUAUUUACUUCAUUUUAAUGUCUGGCGGGGAGUAUUUUCUGUGCCCGGCGGGGGUGCG